AUGGGCGGCGGCGGCCCCCGGCGGCCCGGCGCGCUGCCGCUGCUGGCUCUGCUGGCUCUGCUGGCUGCUCAGGGCGGAGCGGCCCCGCUGCAGCCCGGCGGCUCCCCCGCGCUCACCAAGAUCUACCCCCGCGGCAGUCACUGGGCUGUGGGGCACUUAAUGGGGAAAAAGAGCACUGGGGAUUUUCCUUAUGCCUAUGAAGAAGAAAACAAGAUCCCAUUUUCAGCCUCACCUGAAAAUAUCAAGCAGCUGGAUGACUAUCUGCAGCGGGAAGAAAUGUCCAAACAUUUGCUACAGCUGCUGGAAGGGAAUGAAAAUAAAAGUGCUCACUUCUCAAAAGGAGGGCUUCCCUGGCACGCCAGGAACUCCUGGGAGACAGAUGACAGCAGCAGCUGGAAAGAUAUGAUGGAGAAUCUGCUCCAAGUUGUGAAUAUGAAGGAGGGCACUCCGAGCUGAAAGGAAGUCUCUAAACCCGAAGAAUUGGAACACUUUCCAUAAGAGACUAUGUUUCACAACCACUUGAUUGUUAUCAGAUAAUCAGCAAGGUUUCCUUUCUGUAAACAAGAUUUCCGUUGUGUAAGACACCUAAAUACACGUAUUCUUGUAUGUUUCGGCAAA